AUCGUUAUCAUUGACGAUGUCAACACGUAUUCUCAAUUCCGGGACAUUCUAUAUGGAGCACCUCAAGAAGACAUCCUUGAAUCGCUGUAUGCUUCACUAGGCUCACCACGUUUGGGUCAACUGAUAAAGGAAGAAUAUAAGCCAGUCGGGGAACUGAAAGAUGCUCCAGAUGCGGCAAAGGUCAGAAAGCUAGUCUUGGAGCGACUCCCUCUCUUCCUCCAUGAGCGAAACCAAAAGGUUGCCAGACUUAUUCUACAAAAAACACUAGUAUGGGGUGGAAAGCGCGCCGUCAAAGAUUCGGAAGCAUCUGCCGCUGCCAAGCGAGAGGGAAUCAAUCGUACAUUGACACUCUAUAUUGCCCACAACAUACCUUUGGAUUUGUACGAGGUUGCAAAUAGCUUGUGCAAGUUGAUCUUUGAUACUCCUAAAGUCAACGACAGUCUUCUGUUCAGCACUAUACUCUCGACAGAUCUGCCUAGUUUGAGGCGAAGAGGAUAUAAUG